AUGAUCACGGCUGUUUGUUUCAAAACUGGGGGUCAGACACCCAGAGAGAGCAACAACAAUGCAUACGAUCAUGGUGGCGGUACACAGAAUGAUAAAGAGAAAGGAAGAUCUUUACCAUACACAAGUAACCUGACGGGUGCUGCUGCUUUGGCUGUCACCGGAAUGGUGAUGGAUGGCGAGCUCAAUCGUAUUGUCCAAAGUCGCGCAACGCCAACGCAACAACAACCAAAGAAGCAGCCUAGUUCAUGCGAUGUCGAGAUUUUCGUAACAUCAUUUUCGCCCAACCCAACGACAUCCGGUGGUACAACAUCAACAACAACAACAAAAGCAACCUCCAUUUAUAGCAAUGACUCUAGAAUUCAAUCACAAAUAUCCCAACCCAACAAAAACGACGACAAUGAUACAAUCGCCCAAAAAAAAAGAGAAGAGUCUGAUUUUGGAUUACUACUUUGGGAGUCGAGUCAGGUUGUGUCUUGGUUCAUAGUAGACCAAUGUAAAAGAUCUGAUGAUGGGUCUUGCAUUGACAAACCAAUAUUUAUAAACAAUGAAACAACGACAAUUGAACUUGGAGCAGGUAUUGGAUUGCCAUCAUUAGUUUCUAUGGCACUUGGAAGUAAACUGUCAAUCAUUACAGACUACAAACAAGAGUUACUCGACAAUGUCCAAAGAAUCAUAGACUACAACAAACAAAUAACGACCAGUUCAUUUUCAAAUUAUAAUGGUCCUGAUCCACUGUAUUGUGUUUUGGCAUACUCUCAAUUCACCGACCAAGUCUUACAACUACCAAAAGAUAUUGAUUAUUUAUUUGCGUCUGAUUUAUUUUAUAAUAAUACCAAAGAUUAUGAUGAUAUAUUUGCAACAUUUAAAUUCUUUUUAAAUAGGAAUAGGAAUUUAAUCAUUUAUUGUAGUUAUCAAAUACGAUCAUCCGAGAAGACCAUUGGACAAUAUCUCUUGAAAUGGGGGAUGAAUGCAACUGUAAUCCCACUUGACCAAUUCCUUCCAAAUACAGUCCAAUUGAAAUCUGAAAUCAUCUUACUCCAAAUUGUAAAUAGUAAUUAA